AUGGAGACGGACAUGUCCGGAGCGGUCUGUACAAAACUCUAUAAUAAUAAUAAUAAUAAUAAUAAUAAUAAUAAUAAUAAUAAUAAUAAUAAUAAUAAUAAUAAUAAUAAUAAUAAUAAUAAUAAUAAUAAUAAUAAUAAUAAUAAUAAUAAUAAUAAUAAUAAUAAUAAUAAUAAUAAUAAUAAUAAUAAUAAUAAUAAUAAUAAUAAUAAUAAUAAUAAUAAUAAUAAUAAUAAUAAUAAUAAUAAUAAUAAUAAUAAUAAUAAUAAUAAUAAUAAUAAUAAUAAUAAUAAUAAUAAUAAUAAUAAUAAUAAUAAUAAUAAUAAUAAUAAUAAUAAUAAUAAUAAUAAUAAAAAUAAUAAUAAUAAUAAUAAUAAUAAUAAUAAUAAUAAUAAUAAUAAUAAUAAUAAUAAUAAUAAUAAUAAUAAUAAUAAUAAUAAUAAUAAUAAUAAUAAUAAUAAUAAUAAUAAUAAUAAUUAUAAUAAUAAUAAUAAUAAUAAUAAUAAUAAUAAUAAUAAUAAUAAUAAUAAUAAUAAUAAUAAUAAUAAUAAUAAUAAUAAUAAUAAUAAUAAUAAUAAUAAUAAUAAUAAUAAUAAUAAUAAUAAUAAUAAUAAUAAUAAUAAU